UGUAAGCCACUGUGUGGGGUCGUGAAAGGGAGAAAAAAUCCUCCAAGAAGUAAAAGUGAAUAUCGGAAUUGAUCACGAUCAAGAUCAUCGGCGCGCAUAAGGUGUGUGUCGGGUCGGCCAUCUCGCUUGGGAAGACGGGAGCGCCCCAAAUGUAUGCUAAAUGAGUAUUACCCUUAUUUGGAGCGUCGAACCACAAAUCAUGCUGCUGCACCCAUAAUAGAGUCCUCUCGUCGAUCGUUUGAAGACUUUACAGACACAAAAGGUUCACAACAGUUUAACAGCAAGAGAACGAAAAAAAAAAGUUGAACUGAGCCUCGCCCGUACGUAGAAGAGCAGAACCAAAAAAAAACUUAACAAAACAAAACAUUUGUAUGACAACCCAUCAGCAACAACGGCCGUCGUUCCAAAAAAAUAAAGAGUCCUGGUGGAACAGCACCAAACCAAACGAAGUGGAUAAACGAUUGGUGGAACGGAACAGAACGCAACCGGCCAAAUAGAAUAUUAAAAAAAUAAAUAAUAACAAAACACACAACAAGAACCCGGCGAAAGGCUCUUCCUAACAAUCGGCAAACCAAACGAUGAUAUCUAUGGCAACGAGAAAUUGAAAGACUCACUUUUGUUGAGUGAGUGAGGCCACAACAGGAGAGUCGACAUUCUGCGACAGCGACAGACAGAUAUCUGGAUAGAAAGACGGAACAGAAACAGGCAAGAAAGGACCGACCACGAGUCGAGGUGACCGAUUCCUUUCCAGCUGCUGGCUGGCUGGUUGGUCUCUGACAGGGUUUGGCACUAGUUGGCCAACCGUCGAGCCGUCGAGACGUGGUAGAAUUUUCGUCGUCUUCGUCGUAAGUUUCGUGUGUGAUGAGAAGUUGUUUUUUUUUGUUGUGAGCCGGUUUCUUGCUUGCCGCCCAAUCAGAAUUCGUUGCACGUGAAGUGGUGAGGAGAGUUGCUGAACCGUGAAGUGAUGCGUGGGUGCGUGGGUGUCUGAAGUGUUUGAUCAAUUUUGAUUAUCUACAAAGAAGAAAAAGUUUCUAAAGUGGUUUUGAUGAAGAUUUUUGGCGGGUAAUAUUUUGAGAGAGAAAAGUGCAUAUUUACAAUCUAAAAGUGUUGAAAGAAUAGGAGAUUAGCUGGUGAUUUAACACUUAUUGAAAGGAGACAACGGCCCAAUUAUGAACGGCGUAACGAUGAUGGACGAAAACGACGUGGACAUCAAAAGUCCUAUCCGGCGGCUGGGAUCGACCCGGAAGCUGAACUUAUUUAAUAACAUCCGACAGCAGCUCAAUGAGCAGCUCAAAUUUCUCGAUGUUCGCAUGGAAUCACAGAUUUCGCUCAUCCAGGAGCUGCAGGAUUUCUUCCGGCGGCGCGGUGAAGUGGAGCUGGACUACAGCAAAAGUCUGGACAAGCUGGCCAAGAGCUUGCAGCUGCGGCACAAGGAACAACGACAGAAACGCGAGCAAUGGCCCAUGUUUUCUUCGUACUCAUGCUGGCAGCAGCUCGUUAAUCAGACCAAGUCGCUGUCCCGGGAUCAUGCGGCCCUCUCAGAAAUCUACUCGGUUCAUCUCGUGGCCAGACUGCAGUCCGUUUGGGACGAUGUACAGCGAAUAUACAGAAAGUGCCGCGAGAUCGGCUUCGAAACGCACGUCGAGAUCCUGCGCAUCCUGCAGGAGCUGCACACCAACAUGAAGACCUAUCACACCUACCAAACCGAGGCCAAGGAGGCGGAAAAGAAACUACGGGCAGCCGAAACUCAGCGCAUGAAGUUACAGCAAUCGGUUCCGAAAGAAAAACUCGAACGCAGCAAAAAGUACCGACUCAUCGAAAAGGAAGUCCUGAAGCGGAAAAAUAAAUACACCGACGCAAGGUUGAAGGCCCUGAAGGCCAAAAACGAGUACCAGCUGUGUCUGGAGGCUUCCAACACUACCAUUCACAAGUACUUCGUGGAGGAUUUGAGCGAUCUCAUUGAUUGUAUGGACCUUGGGUUCCAUUCGGUCGUUUCUAGGGCAUUGAUGAUGCACGUUUCAGCAGACCAAAGUCGAUGCCGAGCCGUUUUGAACAACACAGACACCCUGUCGCACAUAAUAAACUCGAUGGACAGUCGAGCCGAUAAGCAAAAGUUCCUUGAACAGCACAGUGCCGCCUUCAUGAUUCCGAAGAGGCUCGAAUUCCAGGGCCAGGACGAGGACAUUGAGCCGGAGCUGCAGAAAGCCCUGCACCAGGAGAUGGAAUCUCGAUUGGUCCAGCUGGAGCAGAGGGUCAACAACCUACGGAUGGAGUCGGAAGAGAUCUGGAAAACGCUGGAAACGGCCGAAAUCAAUCUGCUAGAUAUUCUAAAUACGAAGGACUACGAUUGCAGUACGGCAUUUAAGGACGGAGGCGUAAAUUUCCAGAAACCAGAAAAUACGGCCCUCAAAUUGAGGUCGGACAAGAAUGAGAUUGAAGAAUUCUACAUCACUAAAAUCCGCGAAUACAUUCUGGCCACCUCGCGAAUAGCUAGGCUCGAUUCCAAGGCAGAGUUCUUGAGGAGUGCCCUCGCUAAGGAUUCGGCCAUCAAGGUGGACACCCUAACGAAAUCGAACGUACCCAAGCGCAAACGUAUCGGCCGCAUGAACAAAUCGGGCCGACCGAAGCUCUUUGGAGGUUCACUGGAAGAAUAUCUGGAAGCAACGGGCGAGGAAAUUCCCCUGAUUCUGCGAAGCUGCAUUCGGGUCAUCAAUCUGUACGGACUGCAUCACCAGGGAAUCUUCCGGGUAUCGGGAUCUCAAGUAGAAAUAAGCAACUUCAAGGAAGGAUUCGAACGGGGUGACGAUCCACUGGCUGAUACGACCGAUGCUUCCGACAUCAACUCGGUAGCUGGGGUCCUAAAACUUUACCUUCGGGAGCUCCGGGAGCCCCUAUUCCCACUGAUCUAUUUCGAUCACUUCGUUUCGUUGGCACAACUCGAAUCGAAGCACGAAAUUGUCUUGGGAAUCAGGAAGUUCUUCCAAAGUCUACCCAAGUCCGUGGUCAUCGUGAUACGCUAUCUGUUUGCUUUCUUGAACCACCUUUCCGAAUAUUCCGAUGAAAACAUGAUGGACGCCUAUAACCUGGCGAUCUGUUUUGGUCCGACGCUGAUGCCGGCACCGGAAGACAAGGACCAGGUCCAGUACCAAAAUCAGGUUAACGAGCUGAUCAAGAACAUCAUCGUCUACCAUGCGGAACUGUUCCCGAAGGAUCUGGUCGGCAUGCACUACGAGAAGUUUAUCUCCUCCGAACCGUUUGAGGAUAUUGACGUUGGAGACUCGCCGACGGAGCAGGUAUCGGAAGACCCGGACUCCGAGGUGUGCCCCUCCGAGGAUGAAUCGGACACGUUCGAGGCGAUAGUGCAGUUCGAUUUCAACGCCCGGUCGGAUCGGGAGCUGUCGCUGCGUAAAGGUGACAAUGUGAUUCUGUACAAUCAGGUUUCCAACGAUUGGUGGCGUGGAGCAGUCAACGGCAAGACCGGUCUCAUUCCAGACAAGUACAUUUCGCUGAAGAUCAAGGACGAGGACCGGGACAAGAGCGAACAUCUGAAAUCGUCCAGUUCGGAGGAAUCUGUCCGGAAGCGGCGACCCAGCGGUAACAUAUCCCUAAAUAGCCAGCUAUCGAUUUGUACGCAAAACUCGAACACCCUAUCGAACAUAACCUGCAGCAGCGAUUAUACCGGAUCCACCCUAAGCACGGCUACCCCUAUAGGAGGGAUCCCAUCUCCGAAUCACCCUCAGUAUCAGACGAUCCAGCAAGUUCAGCAACAACAACAGCAACAACAGCAACAGCAGCAGCAACAUCAUCAACAGCUGGCCCCCAUUAACCAACAAGUGACCCACCAGCCUCCGCUGCCCAGUGCCAAUCCGAUGAUUGGCGAAAAGCUGGCCGCGGAUAUGAAGGACCCGGAUUACAUCCACUACGACACGGUCGACCUGAAGAGCUCGACCUACAGCUACCACGAUGAGCCGCACUCGUUCGAAACUUCGGCCGAAUUUCUGGAGGAUAUUAGCCACUUCACGUUCGAGACUCCGGCCCAAAAACCCUCGGAACCGAUCUACGCUGAACCGACCAAGAUCACGAUGAACCGGGACAAAUCACCGGCUCCAUCAGCAUGCAGCUCAGCCGGAGGCAGCGGCGGCAACAAGGCCGCCAACGAGCUCGACGAAGACGAUCAGGUGGAGUUCCGACCGAAAACCUUGAGUGGCAUGGGCGACCCUCCGGAGCACACCAAAUCGACCACGAUGCUGAACCGGCGGAGCGAAACCAUUGGCGGCAAGGAGGAUAAGAACCGGCUGUCGGAUUCCGGGGCUGCGAAUCAGAAUGUGGAUGAGAACGGGGAGCCACGGCCGAUGAGGAAGUAUCAUUCGAAGAGUUUUAGCUUGUCGGAGAAUAAGCUGAGCUUGUCGAUCGCGGGUGGUUCAGGGGCAGGGGAGUUGAAUGUGUUUCAGCAGAAUAGGGAUCUGUGGCAAAAGCGGGCUUCCCAGAGUUCUUAUCAGAAUCUGACCACUUCGAGGAUAUUAAGUAGGAAUAGGAUUGCACCGGAUUUGGUGAUGGACCUGCCGCUAUCGGCGAUCGGAGGCAAAGAUGGAGUUCAGAGUGCUAGUCGGGAGUCCUUAGAUACGGAACUGGAGGAUAUGACAUCCGCUGAAAGGUUCGCAGCUCAGAACCAGUGCACUUUGAAGAAGAAUGAAAGGUUUUCGACUGAGUCGGUUGUUUAUGAGAACACUUCCAUCAAGAAGGAGGUUAAGCUAGAUGUGAUGACCACUGAUAAACCGAAGGCUGAGGUUAAGCCUCAAGAGAGCAGUAUUAAGACGCCCACGACAACGGAUAUUCCUAAGAUCAUCGAGGAGGACGUUAAAGAUUUAUCCAAGGGUCCUUCGGAUGAGGUUCUGCAUAUCGAAGAAUCUUCCGGGGAAGCUGGACUGCAAGCCUCCAAAUUGAUCAGUAAAGAUCUGGCCAGCAGUCCCAUACCGGUUCGGAACACCCAGAAAUUCGUGUCCCAAUUUGCUGAUCUACACCUAACUGGAGGAUGUUUGGUGAAAUCUACCGAGGGAACUUCUUCGGCUGCGGCCACUUCUCUAGCCCAGGAGCAACAGGCCAAGAGUCUCAGUUCCUUCAAACCUCAGGUCAAGGUGAAGCCUCAGAUCUUGAAAAAGCCCCAGGUCCUUCCACCGCACACUCCGGAAAUGGGUCGGAGGUCGCAGGAAUAGGCCCGGCGUUUUGGACUCGGUUCCCGGUCCAAGACACUUAACUUGUAGAUGGUAGAUGUGCGUUAGCGUUAGAAUUGAGUAGUAUUAGCGAGAUAAAAAAAAACACAAGGAUAGCGUUAGGAAUUGGAUGGUCGCGGAUUUGUGAUUGAAAUGAGCCGAGAAUUGUGCGAUCGAAUUGGAAUAAAAACAGGGUCUGUUCCUCCGAAAAAAAGCGAGGAACGGUCAUUCAUAAACCUUAACAAAAAAAACACUCAUACGGUAAGAAAAGCUAUACUGUUUUCGAGCGGAUUUUGGUCGAGUUUUUAGGAACCGUUUUGCUGAGGUUUAGAUUUGGGAAGAGGGAAAAAACACCAAUAUUUGAAUGUAACAAUAAAUACUAAUAUUUAAGACUGGAUUGGUACAAUAUAUUAACAAAAAUCACCCAAACACACACAAAAACAGCGAGAAGAAUAUUGGAGGAUGGCAGUUGAAUAAUUAAGAGCACAUGCAUGGAUCGAAACAAAACAUCGGGCUCUCCAAUCAAAGAAAUCGAAUUUCUAAGUCAGUAGAGGUACAUUCUAUUUAGCGUAGAGGCCAAUAAUAGUUGUGCAGAGCCGACAAAAAAACAUCACCAUUUAUUCUAAUACUAGCGUUUACAAAAUAAGGGAAGGUCUCUUUUCGACGGAUGGAUCAAGAUUGAACUCUCUAGCAGAUGGUGCAGAAAUAAGUUCUACUUAAAAUUUAUUUUACAAAUUUGGACGAGAUCCGUUUCCUUAAUUUUGUUCAAGUCUCAUUUGUCAUGAAAAAACAUCGAAAGUUUAGGAUUAGUUCAAUUACUAUACGAUCUGCUCGCUCAAAAUUUAUCAAUACAAUGUAAUGUAAGACAAUUUACGGUUUUGUUUCCUCCGUUUUCGAAGAAUCAACCCGCCGAAAGAUAUUUUGCAUUUCAAAAGUAUUCAGUCUGGUUUUGUUUUUUUUUUCAUCCAAAUAGAGUGGUUGUAAGGCUCUGGAAGGGAAUUUGAGCGUAGUGAACAAACUAUUAUUAUUUUAAGAGUAUUGAACAAACAAACAAGAUUUAAUCCCUAUUCAGCCAAAAAUUAUUUGCUGUCCACUCAGUACGUAUACACAAAAUCGAUUCAGAAACUAAAAACAAAAUAUGAAAGCAUAACUAACUCGUAGCGAAAGAAGAUAUUUUGAUAUAUUAACAAUAACGUUACAACAAUCUUGAUGCAUUAAAUAUCAUUAUAAAAGCAAAUAAAAUGAAGAAAAAAUAACAAUCUCCAAAAUACCAAAACCCUACCCGCUUCUACCAUAACCCAGUCGUAUUAACCAACUUAUUAUCACCGAAUAUUUCUCUGUGUUUUCCGUGAUCCAACAACAUUCUAGAUCAUCAUCGUCAUCGUACUUAUUCACGUUAGGGACUCAUUCCUGGAAUACAACUAAAAAUACACACAAUUUCAACGUCUUAAACAAACCACACAACAAGCACUUUUAUCCAAUCAUCAUAACCAAGGAGCUACAUGUGCAUUGUGCAACUACCUAGAACUGAAACUAAACUAUAGAAAAAAAAAGGAAAUCAAACCAUCAUCAUAAUAUUCUAAUCACUCAUUCGUAGCCAUUUUAUUCUCCCGGGGAAAAAAACUAAACCAACCGAAUCAAACAUAAAAUCUGAACAAAAGAUAUUAUUAUACAAAAUUAACCUAAAACAAAAAAUGGAUAAAAACUCAAUUCAAAGCGCACUCCUAGAGUCCAAAUGAAUUAACCAACAACCAACCAACCCAACCACUUAUCAAUCAACUCAUCCAAUUCUUGGGUACCAACCACCAAAACCAGCAAAAUUAUGCAUCGAUUAAUUCAAAUUAUAACAGAACAACCCGGCAGCAAAUAUCAACAAUAAAACAAAGAAAAAAAAACUGCAAGCAGAAAGUCUUUUCGCAACAAUGUUCCAUAAAUAAAGGAUAAAAUGUGAAUAAUAUUAACAACAA